AUGGAGAUAGAAGAGCUCACUACCUCAAGCGCCCUCACGCAGCUCGAAAGAAUAGGCCAAGGCCGCUGCGGAACUGUUUGGGCAGCUCGUUGUUCAACUUGUGACGACCAUAGCCAUCUGGCUAUGAAGCGAGGGGAUGGAAGCACAACCAGAUCGGUGUCGUACGAAUAUCAGGUUCAUCAGAAAGUCGCGACAGCUUUCAAAGGAUCAAACUUUUCAUCGUUUGCUAUUCCUCGAUCCGUUGGGUUUCUGGAUGCUCAAGACAAUGCAGCUUGGUCCGACGUGUUACCACGACUUCCUUCUGACUACACGGCAUGUAAUGCUAUUAUUAGCGAAAAGAUUAUCCCGGUCAACGCAUCCGCUCGGAGACUCCUUGUACAGAAGUUUCGACCCGACGUGAACGUGGAAGAGGUAAUGAGAAGCCAGAACAACGAACACUGCCUUAUUCGACCUUAUCUCGGCCGCCGGCGAUACCACCAGAGUGAGACUGAGGCAAGCACAGGAGGAUCAAGACGACCCUUACGAGCACUUAGCCUGCGGAACUACCCGCUUCAUCUGGAUCAGAUGGAGCAGCUUGGCAUUGAUCCGAGUGGCUAUGCGAUGGCCAUGGCAGACGCUUUGGCAUUCCUACACUGGGUUGCUAAAGUCGAUGGCAAUGAUGUUGAAUAUGUACUCGCUCAACCUCGACACCAAUCAGAUAUAUCGUCUUCCACCAGUCCCGGAGACAUAUACUCCGAUAAUACUGCGAGUUUAGGUCCUCAUAUGAUGUGGAUUCUGGAUUUUGACCUGUGCCGAGAUAUAUCAUUCGACGAGGAGGGCGUUAAGAAGGCUCAUAAGGCUUUUUGGGGCAACGAUCCCUUUUUCCCCCGGCCCGGAAGAGACAAUCCAGCGGAUCAGAGGCUUUGGACCAUAUUUCAAGAUCGAUACAUUGAGUCCAGCGCCGCAGUAUUGCAUCAAGAGCCGGAUUGCAUCAAGAGACUCCCCUUUCUAUUAAUUGAGCAGCUCAAACGACCUAAGACCGUCUCAAGUUCUUGA